UAAACGAAUACCUAAACAUUUCUCCGAACCAAACAACCACAAAUAUGGGAGAAAUGACGUCACCGCCGGUCACAGUGCACGGCCAAUUAUCCAUUACCUUACACACUCCUCUCGUCUUUUUUCCUUUCCACUUAUACCCCUCCCUCCAUCUCUCUCCCCUUCCUCAUGGAAGCCACCAAUAAGAGCGGCGGCAGCAGCGGCGGAGGCGGCCGAGAAGAGUGUUGGAGCGAAGGCGCGACGGCGACGUUAAUCGAAGCCUGGGGAGACCGUUACGUGUCUCUAAACAGAGGAAAUCUCCGUCAAAAAGACUGGAAAGACGUCGCCGACGCCGUUAACUAUCGUGAAGACGGUGUUAAAUCAAAGAAAACAGACAUCCAAUGCAAGAAUCGAGUGGACACGUUAAAGAAGAAGCACAAAAUCGAAAAAGCUAAACCGCCGCCGUCGAAAUGGCCGUUUUAUUACCGUUUAGAUUCACUCAUCGGCGUUAAGACAACAAAUAAAAGAAAACCUAACGCCGUUAAAUCAAACGUGAAUUCGACGGAAACGACGUCGUUUGACUACAAUGAAGACGAGGAUGUAGGGUUUGAUGAGAGAGUGAUAAAGAAAGAGCAUAGAAUGGAGGAUGUAGAUUGUUCAGAUGGAGCUGCGUGUAGGGAAUUAGCGAGGGCAAUUUUGAGAUUUGGGGAGAUUUAUGAGAGAAUUGAGAGUUCAAAACAGCAGCAAAUGGUGGAGUUGGAGAAGCAGAGAAUGGAGUUUACUAAAGAAGUUGAGUUUGAGAAGUUGAAUAUGUUAAUGGAUGCUCAAUUAGAGCUUGAAAAGCAAGCUUUUAGAGCUAAAUUUGCAUCUUCUGGUAGCUCAGUAAGAUGAAGUUGGCUUUCUUAAGAAUGGAAUUGUGCUGAUGGCUAAUUUAUGUGUGCGUUUGGAGGUGCAAGUGAAUGAAGGAACUAAAAAAAUUGGGGAUUUCAAUUUUUUGAGAACAUGAUUUGAAACUUAUGAAGGUCCGAGUGUUUUUCCUUAUUGGGACUUGAGGGACUAAUAAGGUUGAACUAAAAUGGUGCAAGUACGCGGGUGUCCAAUGUUUAUUCCUUAAGAUUUUACGAUGAGGUUAUGCCUACCUCUGCUCAUGGUUGACUGCAACUUAGACUUAUCCGCAUAGCCUUGGCUCGGAAGACUGUAAAAACAACUUAUAGUUUAUUUUGCAUAUUUCUGGUUUACAAACAUUGCAAUGUGAGAUGCGGUUGGGAAUGGACUUUUGCUGAUGGAUCAUGUAUGUGUGCAUUUGGAGGUGUAAGUGAAGGAAGGAACAAAUCUUUGGGACAUUUCCAUUAUUUGAUGUAGUGACUUUUGUGUUAAUUUGAAUAUAGAUGUAGUUUGAAGCA